UCAAAGAGGUCGAGGAAUUUUAUAACUGGGAUAUUUAAAUAAGUUGUUUUUUAACAUGAAUAGUUUUUUGGAAGUAUUUUUUUUAUUUACUUUAACGUUUUAUAUAACAUCAGCAAAUCCAAUCGUUAUAAAAGGAUCAUCGCCCUCUGGAGAUGCAAUCAUCGCUAUCUCGUCUAGUGACCCCGAAGUUGAAAAGUUUCUGAGGUUUGGAUUCUCAUCUGAACUCGGCACUAAUCAAGAUAGUAUUGUAACGUCAAGUGUUGAAGAUAUUGGACAAAAAAGUGUUACUGUUGGAUCCUUAGGUCAGCAGUCAGAGACUGGCACGGGUCGGAGUUUUGUAUCUACAUCAUCGUUCAAUCCUUUCUUAUUACCUUUGUUCUUCAUGCCAUUGAACUUUGAGGGUAUUGGACUCGGUGACUUUGGGUCUUUAAAUAAUGACAGGUUAAAAGGUGUAGAGAGUUUUAUUGAACCUAAUCUUGGCGGCACUGGAGAAAUCAAGGCUGUGGCAGCCAUAAGCGAUAAUGGUCGUGUGUAUGGUAAUAUAAAAACUGUUACUUUCGAUAACAAAGGUAUCAAAUAGAUUAUGUUAAUAUUAGGUUAUUAUUGUUUUAUAUGAAUAAUAUUAUAAAAUAAACGUAAUACAUUUUGCA